ACCAGGCGGGUAUUUGAAAACACGCAACCAGCUAGCCUAGCUACUGAAGACAUUAGCUAUACUUAAAGGAAUCGUGGAAAAAGGCUUCGUUUUGCCCAUGGGCAAACAACGACUGACAACACAGUGACACCCUGACAUUAAUCUGAAAAACGCUCAAGUUGUCACAAAAGCCAAAACUAGUCCGUCGAUCUGCCAAAGAGCACGGAGAGAAGAGCGACUGUCUGCAAAUAAAAACAAGGAUAAUAUAUCACUAUCUUGCUCCACAAGGUAGAGAAAAGUGAAAGCAGGAAAUAAUCGACCCAACUGAGAUUUUGCUGACUAUCAUUUGAAGUUAUCAAAGUCUUAUAAGCUCAUAUUUUUGACAUCCUAUGGCAAGUAUAUGACAAACAUUGAUAAACAUAUUGAAAGAUUACAUUGUAUAGAGGGGGAUGCAUAACUUGAACAUUUACAUUAAUUUAUGUGAAGUGCGUUGCUAAAAGAGUGAUGCAGUGCUGAUAAAGCUAAUCGGUGCCAUGUGAAUCUGCAUUUGGCAGCAUGUUGGUCCUUUAAGUCUGAUCUCUGUGGCGACUUUCCCACGUUGGCCCACGGACCGAGAUGGGUUUUUACUGGGAACAUCCACACUGAACGACUAACCCACAACAACUAGAAAUACCACGGAGAUAAUGACAGAGAAACCAACAAAGCGCCUGAGGAAAACGUAUGGUGUCCCACAUGAAAAAGAAACACGACGUUCAGGGACAGGAAUGAAGUCAAACAAAAAAAGUGAUCGACUGCGAGGACAAACACGGAUUACUAUUGGUGUGGCUUUCCCUCGUUGGAGAACUCUGAAAGAAGAGAUGGGGCUGAGGUCAGACACCGCUGUCGCUUUACUGCUGCUGGACAGCUAUGACGAGACUAGAACUAGUCAACAAGAGUCUACAUUAUCAAGUCUUCGUUAUGAGAGAGGUUACACUACAUAUGCUGAGUCAGAGGUGACAUCACAAGAGGACAGUUUUGAGGAGAUGGAGGUCACCAUUGACGAGGAUGACUGCGACACCAUGGAGAACCUGGAUUUUGAACCUGCUAACGUGAGAGCUGCACUUGCAGAUGACAGCAGCAAUGAAGUUGUCUACUUACCACUGAUUCCUCAGAGUUCCACAACGUCUGAAUUUUUUCUGGAAUGUGAAGAGGAAGAGCUGGAGCCGUGGCAGAAACAAACUGCGCAGCUGCAUUUGAAAGCUGAGGAGGAUUCUGGAGAGUUAAGUUAUGACCAAACAGAUUAUAAGCCAGAGCCUUCACAUCUGCAGGGAAAUGUAGUGGACACCAAACCACCUGAGCUGAAAACAGAAGCUCCAGAGCAUGUUGUCUUAAACAGCCAGGUUGAAAAAAGUUCCUGUGGACUUGAUAUAAGCGGUUUGAUAGAGGACACCCCCUCAGUGUCUAGAACAGCAGGUGACGAACGUGAGUCUUGGCAGAGUUUUUGCAGAGUGACGGAUACAUGUACUGAUGCAGCAAGGUCAUUCCAGUUCAUGAAAUAUGAAGAACUAAAUGAGACAGAGAUGAAAAACCUCUUAAGAAUCAAAAACAAACUGAAACCAACAGUGAUGAUUAAUGUGGGAAUCAUGAGCGAGAGCAAGAAGAAUGGCAUCAAGCCCAUUCGAGGGAAAACCCUACCACUGCGCGUGGAGCCCCAGUGGUCAUCUGAACAACUUCUGGCAGCUGCGGUGAAAAGACUAAAUGUGUUCAACCAAGACACAGAAGAUGGAGAAUAUGUCUUACUGUAUCCUGACGGCUCUGAGAUAAAAACUCUCCCUGGCACUGACGCACCGUUUACCAUUAAAGACUACAAAGAGGCCAUUGGAAAGGCUUACCAGAGGAUCACAGUUUACAUCUGUGCUCUUGGUCCAAAGACAAAGUCAACUAUCCAGAGAAGAACAGAGAAAAGAUUCUCAAAAAGAAAAAAGAAAUCAAACAAUACAGUGAUGAUUAAUGUUGGAAUCAUGAGCGAGACCAAGAAGAAUGGCAUCAAGCCCAUUCGAGGGAAAACCCUACCACUGCGCGUGGAGCCCCAGUGGUCAUCUGAACAACUUCUGGCAGCUGCGGUGAAAAGACUAAAUGUGUUCAACCAAGACACAGAAGAUGGAGAAUAUGUCUUACUGUAUCCUGACGGCUCUGAGAUAAAAACUCUCCCUGGCACUGACACACCAUUUACCAUUAAAGACUACAAAGACGCCAUUGGAAAGGCUUACCAGAGGAUCACAGUUUACGUCUGUGCUCUCGGUCCAAAGACAAAGUCAACUAUCCAGAGAAGAAGAGAGACAGAGAAGGAAAGUUUCUCAAAAAGAAAAAAGAAAUCAAACAAUACAGUGAUGAUUAAUGUUGGAAUCAUGAGCGAGACCAAGAAGAAUGGCAUCAAGCCCAUUCGAGGGAAAACCCUACCACUGCGCGUGGAGCCCCAGUGGUCAUCUGAACAACUUCUGGCAGCUGCUGUGAAAAGACUAAAAGUGUUCAACCAAGACAUAGAAGAUGGAGAAUAUGUCUUACUGUAUCCUGACGGCUCUGAGAUAAAUACUCUCCCUGGCACUGAUGCACCAUUCACCAUUAAAGACUACAAAGAGGCCAUUGGAAAGGCUUACCAGAGGAUCACAGUUUACAUCUCUUGGAUCUUUGAUCAGCCAUAACAUUAUGACAAGUCAGUCAUAAGAGUUCUCUUGUGAUAUUUUCAGUGCAAUAAGAAAUGUUGACAUUGGAAAUAAAAAAAAUGGCUACUGCAUAGUCAAAUCACAAAUAAACUUUGAAAUGUAUAAGGCUGUUGGUUGUUAAUUAAGGAUGUGUUCAGACUCUUGCUGGACUUCCUGGGUCCUUCCAUUAAACCUUGGGCCAGUCAAUAAUCAGUCAAGUUGUAUGAGUUAUGACAAAAAUGGUAAUUAAUAAUUAUUAAAGCUAAAUCAUUUCUUCAGCUGUCAUGGUUACACAGCACCACACAUUUUAAAUGUCUUCAAUUUAAUGAUGACAGAAAUCAAUCAAGGGCGGCACAGCGGCUUGGUGGUUAACACUGAUGCCUCCCAGUGAGUAGGUCUGAGUCCAGCCUCCUUUCUGAGUGGAGUUUGCAUGUUCUCCCUGUGUCCGCAUGGGUUUUCUCCGGGUACUCCAGCUUCCUCCAAAGACAUGCUCGUUAGGUUAAUUGGUGACUCUAAAUUGAUCCUAGGUGUGAGUGUGAAUGCUUGUUUGUCUAUGUGUUGGCCCUGUGAUAGACUGGUGACUUGUCCCGCCUUGCUGUGUUUAUUGUCUAAGAAUAUCAAAAUACUCAUUUGAAAAAAAAGUAUCUGACUUGGAAUAAAAAUGGAAUAAUGAA